GGAAGAAAAAGCUGCAGUUAAAUGCAUCUGGCAGCUCCUGGAAUGAGGCUGGUAAGUAGAGUUCUUCAGGGAACAAGCAGGGACAUUUUCAGUAGUCCCCCCGAACGCAGGCUUUGUCCAGGAUCAACAGAAUGGGAGUUGCCUGACAACAAUUUCUCAAGGUCAGACAACGGCAACUUUCAGAUGCCAGCCCUGGCAUUUAAUACUUGGGAAAUUAUGGACAAGGUAUUUAACUACUCUCUGUUUCCUUAUUUGCAAAACGGGGACAAUGGCAGAAGGGUGGUGAGGAUUGAAGGAGAAAGCCCAUGUGAAAUACCUGGUCCAGGUCCUGGCAUAUAUUCUUUUACAGAGCUACCUCAUCUGGCAGGAACAGAACAAAAUUUGCUGCUGGCCAAGAAAAUCCAAACCCAGUGGAAGAAAUCUGGACUGGAUUCAGCCAAGUUGGUUCAUUAUGAUGUUCUCCUGUCUUACCCUAAUGAGACAAAUGCCAACUACAUAUCAAUCACGGAUGAACAUGGAAAUGAGAAUUCUAGGAAGGUUAGAAUGCGUGUUCAUAACAUCAAUAAAAUCACAAGGAUUUACAAUGUAAUUGGAACUAUCAGAGGAUCUGUGGAACCUGACAGGUAUGUUAUUCUGGGAGGUCAUCGGGACUCCUGGGUAUUUGGAGGUAUUGACCCAACCAGUGGGGCUUCUGUUUUGCAAGAAGUUGUUCAGAGUUUUGGCAAACUGAUGAGUAGAGGCUGGAGACCAAGAAGAACUAUCAUUUUUGCCAGCUGGGAUGCAGAAGAAUUUGGACUUCUGGGUUCCACAGAAUGGGCUGAGGAGAAUGUAAAAUCACUUCAGGAGAGAAGCGUUGCUUAUAUCAACUCAGAUUCAUCUAUAGAAGGCAAUUAUACUCUCAGAGUUGACUGUACACCCCUUCUUUACCAACUGGUGUAUAAACUGACAAAAGAGAUCUCCAGCCCAGAUGAUGGUUUUGAGAGUAAAUCUCUUUAUGAAAGCUGGUUAGAAAAGGACCCUUCAUCUGAAAAUAAAACUUUGCCUAGAAUCAACAAGCUGGGAUCUGGAAGUGAUUUUGAAGCUUAUUUUCAGAGACUUGGAAUUGCUUCAGGAAGAGUCCGGUACACUAAGAAUAGGAAAACAGAUAAUUACAGCAGCUAUCCAAUGUACCAUACAAUUUAUGAGACAUUUGAAUUGGUGGAGAAUUUUUAUGACCCCACGUUUAAAAAACAGCUUGCUGUAGCUCAGUUACGAGGAGCACUGGUUUAUGAGCUUGCAGACUCUAUAAUCAUUCCUUUCAACAUUCAAGACUAUGCAAAAUCUUUGGAAAACUAUGCAACAGGUAUCUACAGCUUAUCCAAGAAAUAUGACCAACAAUUAAGAGACCAUCAAGUAUCAUUUGAUUCCUUAUUUUCUGCUGUGAAAAACUUCUCAAAGUCUGCUUCCGAUUUUCACAGAAGACUUUCACAAGUUGAUCUGAAUAACCCCACUGCAGUGAGAAUUAUGAAUGACCAACUGAUGUUCCUGGAAAGGGCAUUCAUCGAUCCCCUUGGUUUACCAGGGAGGCCAUUCUAUAGGCACAUCAUCUUUGCUCCAAGCAGCCACAACAAAUAUGCUGGCGAAUCAUUUCCUGGCAUCUUUGAUUCUAUAUUUGAUAUUGAAAAUAAAGCAGAUCCUCGUUCAGCCUGGAAAGAAGUAAAGAAACACAUUUCAGUUGCAGCCUUUACAAUUCAAGCAGCAGCAGGGACUCUGAAAGAGUUGUUAUAGUAAGGUCUCAGCCAACUAGCUGCCGUUAAAAGUCUGAGGAUAAAAUCCGUCUUUCUGAUAACACGUGAAGCCAGAGCUAAAAUCUUGCUUUUCAUGUCAUGUUUUGACUUUAGGCUUCCACCUUGUUCAUCUGCAAAGAGAUUUUUGGCCCUUUGAAAAUUCAUAACUUCAUGAAAGCGCUAAGCCAAUAAAACAAACCAAAAAACCUCUAGUCAUAUGGAGAAAGAGAUAAAGUAAGUGAAAGUUCCCUAAAAUAAAAUAUGGCAAGGAACUUGAACUCUUCAGACAUUGGUGGCCAGAAAGUGAAACAGUACAACCACUUCGGAAGACAGUCUGGCACUUUCUUAUAAAGUUAAAUAUAUACUUAUAUUAUAGCUCUAAAAUUCUACUUCUAGGUAUUUACUAAGGAAAAGCAAAAACAUGAUCACCAAAAGACUGUUGCAUGUUCAUCUCAGCUUAAUGUGCAAAUAAUGCCAAUGCCCAUCAAUAAAUGAAUGGAUACAUUGUGGUAUAUUCACAAGGGAAUACUACUCAGCAAUAAAAACGAAAUAACUGCCGAUACAUGUAAUAUUAUUGGCAGACAUUGUUGAGGGAAAGAAGCCAGACACAAAAGAAUGCCUAGUAUGAGACUCAAUUUAUAUGAAGAAGCAAAACUAAUCUAUGGUAUUAGGAAUUAGAUCAGUGACUGCUUGGGUCAAGUAAGGGGCAGGCAGGGAGGAAAUCUGCUACAAAGAGGAAAGUUUCUGGGAUGAUGGGAGUUUUCUGUAUCAUGAUCUGGAUGAUGGUUACACAGGAAUAUACAGUUGUCAAACUUCAUCAAACAGUAAACUUAAAAUGUGUAACAAUGA